AUGAAGCUCGCCGACCCACAGUACCGUAUCCGCCCAGCCAACAAGGAGGACAUACCAGGCCUAACAGAAGUCUUCUUCAGGAGCUUCAAUGCUCCUUUCUGGCAAUACCUCUUCCCAGACACAGCGCUGAUGCGCCAAUGGUGGCACCAAGCCUGGCAGAUCAGCCUCGACAACCCGACCGAUCGCACGUUUGUCGUCGAAGACACGUCUAGCAACGACCAAAUCGUAGCCUUCAGCCGCUGGAUGGUGCCACAGCCCGAUGGCAACUUGGAACGGAAAUGGCCCGUCGUCGACGAGACCUAUUUCCCAGACAUGGAACUGGUGGGAGCGUUUUUUGGCGGGAUGGAGGAGAGUAGACACUCCCUCAUGGGCAAGGAGCCACAUUGGAUGCUCGAGCUGCUCGGUGUGCAUGAAAAGCACCAGAGGCGCGGUAUAGGAGCGUCGUUGAUUAAACGGGGGACUGAUCAUGCGGAUCGGGAGGGUUUGUCUACUUAUCUUGAUGCAUCGGAGAUUGGGCAGCCUUACUACUUGAAGACGCAUGGGUUCAAGUUUGGUUCGAAUAUUGAGGUGCCGGAUAGACCUGAGUAUGGCUCGUUCAUGUACAAGGGGUUGGUGCGGCCGCCACAGACGACGCAAUAG